GUUGGAAGCAGAAGUGAGACAACCCCCAACCCUCCCUCCUCAUGCGACUUAAUGCUGUUGUCUCUGUCAUCUCAUCCCUCGCCUGCAGCCAAAUAGUAUUCAUCUCUCUCUCUUCCUUUCAUUAGCGGCCUCGCACUUUUCCAGCUCUGUUGAGAGAAGAGAGAUUUGGUGAGGCACUGUCGUCGAUUGGAGCGUGCGGUGGUUUGUAGUGGCGGCAGCGGCGGCAGAAAAUGGUGGGACCACAGAGGCCUUUGUUCGUUCUCUUCGGAUCUUCCAUCGCGCAGCUGAGCUUUAGUAAUGGCGGAUGGGGUGCCAUUCUCUCUGACAUUUACGCUCGAAAAGCAGACAUACUGUUGCGAGGAUACUAUGGUUGGAACUCACGUCGCGCUAUCCAGGUCCUUGAUAAAGUUUUUCCGAAGGAUGCUGUUACACAGCCUUCUUUGGUGAUAGUUUAUUUUGGUGGUAAUGAUUCAAUGGGGCCUCACUCAUCUGGCCUAGGGCCCCAUGUUCCACUCGAUGAGUACAUCGAAAACAUGAGAAGGAUUGCUGUUCACUUGAAGAGCCUUUCAGAUACGACACGCAUCAUUUUCCUUAGUUGUCCCCCUGUCAACGAGGCCAAAGUUCGUGAAAACACCAGUUCAAUUUUUAGUCAGUUAGUACGGACAAAUGAAUUGUGCCGAAGAUAUUCAGAAGCUUGUAUAGAGUUGUGCCAAGAGAUGGAUGUGAAGGUGGUGGAUCUCUGGACUGCGCUUCAAAAAAGGGAUGAUUGGUUGACUGCCUGCUUUACUGAUGGGGUUCAUUUAUCUGCUGAUGGAAGCAAAAUAGUUGUGGAGGAGAUACUAAAGGUUCUCAAGGAAGCCGAGUGGAAUCCAUCUCUCAACUGGAAGUCCAUGCCCACUGAAUUUGGAGAGGACUCAUUGUAUGAUCUUGUUGCAUCCAAUGGAAAAACCACAAUAAAUCCCUCUGAGUGGACGUUUCACAGGGAGAUACAGUGGGAUUAGAUCACGGAUGAAUUAUUUGCCUUGUCAGUAAAGUGAAUAGGUCUUUAUUUCAUUGUGAUUUUUCAUGGAAGAGUGGGAAAUUGUGAAAAGAUGACUGAAGCUAAAAUAUCUUUUGUUUUUUGGUGCA